AUGGAUGCAUUUAUUCAAAAUCUUAAAUUACGUUUCGAGAAAGAACGAAUUUAUACAUAUAUUGGCGAAGUACUCGUAAGUGUUAAUCCUUAUCGUGAAUUGCCUAUAUAUGGACAUAACUAUAUAACAAGUUAUAAAGGCUGUGAAAUGUUUGAACGACCUGCACAUAUAUUUGCUGUUGCUGAAGCAGCAUAUCGAAUAUUAAAACAACGUUUAAUCAAUAGUUGUAUUGUCAUUUCUGGUGAAUCUGGUUCAGGUAAAACUGAAGCAUCAAAAAUAAUUCUUCGUUACAUAGUAGCAGUAACAAAUAUAUCAAAUCAAGCUGAAAUUCAAAGAAUUAGUAAUAUUCUUAUUCAAACAAAUAUUAUUCUUGAAACAUUUGGAAAUAGUCGAACAAAUCGUAAUGAUAAUAGUAGUCGAUUUGGUAAAUAUAUGGAUUUAAAUUUUAAUUAUAAAUUUGAUCCAAUUGGAGGAAAAAUUCAACAUUAUUUACUUGAAAAAUCUCGUGUUGUUAAACAACAAUUAGGUGAAAGAAAUUUUCAUUCAUUUUAUCAAUUAUUAUCAAAUAAAAAUAUUCUACAAGAAUAUGGACUUCAUUUUAAACCUGAAGAUUAUUAUUAUAUUAAUCAAGGUCAAUGUUGUAAAAUAGAUAGAAUAAAUGAUAAAAAAGAUUAUGAACAAGUUAUAGAAGCAUUUAAUAUUGUUGGUUUUACACAAAAUGAAAUAUCAACAAUAUGGAAAAUAAUUGCUGUUAUUUUACAUCUUGGAAAUAUAACAUUUACUGAUAUUGAUGGUGAACAUUGUUCAAUAGUACGAUCAAAUGAUCAAUUAGAAUGGAUAUCAAAACUUUUAGAAUGUGAACAAUCAGAUAUAUCAUCAGCAUUAACAUCACGUGUUGUUGCAGCACGUAAUGAAGUUUUUCAAACCAGACAAAAUAUAACACGUGCUUAUUAUGGACGAGAUGCUUUAAGUAAGGCAUUAUAUGAACGUCUAUUUGAAUGGCUUAUCAAAUAUAUAAAUAAAACUUUAUCACGAGAUGAUUAUGAACAAAGAAAUUCUUUUCAUAAACGAAUAUAUAGUUCAUUUGUUAUUGGUGUACUUGAUAUAUAUGGUUUUGAAAUAUUUGAAAAUAAUAGUUUUGAACAAUUAUGUAUAAACUAUUGUAAUGAAAAAUUACAACAAUUAUUUAUUGAACUUGUGCUUAAACAAGAACAAGAUGAAUAUGAAAGUGAAAAUAUUAUUUGGCAACAUAUUGAUUAUUUUAAUAAUAAAAUUAUUUGUGAUCUUAUUGAACAACCACGUAUUGGUAUUUUAGCAAAUCUUGAUGAAGCUUGUCAAAUAGUAGGAACAAUUACAGAUGAAAUCUUUCUUAAAUCAAUCAAUAAAACAUUUAAAAAUCAUAAAUAUUAUUCGAGUUGGGAACUUACACCUGGUGAUAAAAUAUGGAAAAAUAUUGAUACUAACAAACUUUUUCUCAUUCGUCAUUAUGCUGGUGAUGUUGUCUAUUCAGUUGAUGGAUUUUUAGAUAAAAAUCGUGAUACUUUAUUUGAUGAUUUUAAACGUUUGUUAUAUCAUAGUAAAAAUUUAAUAUUAUCUUCAAUGUGGCCUGAUGGUGAAAAAAGUAUUACAUCUAUAACACGACGACCAUUAACAACAGCAACUAAAUUUCGAAAUUCAAUGAUUAGUCUUUCAAAUCUUCUUUCAUCGAAACAACCAUUUUAUAUUCGAUGUAUUAAACCAAAUGAUGAAAAAGCUGCUAAUAUAUUUGAUCAAAUACGUAUUGAACAUCAAAUUUCUCAUUUAGGUUUACUUGAAAAUGUUCGUGUUCGUCGAGCAGGUUUUUGUCAUCGAGUAUCAUAUGGUCGAUUUGUUCAAAGAUAUAAAAUAAUUGAUGUUGUUCGAUCGAAAUUACAUCCAUAUGGACCAUUUAAUAAAGAAAGUGCUAGUUAUAUUUGUAAUGAACUUAAUAUAAAUAAUGAUGUUGUUUAUGGAAAUACAAAAUUAUUUAUUAAACAACCAAUUUCAUUAUUUCAAUUAGAAAAAAAACGAACCGAAGGUUUACAAUCUAUUGUUGUUAUACUUCAAAAUCAUGUACGUUCAUGGAGACAAUUUCGUACAUUUCAUCGAGAAAUUUCAGCAAUUAAAAUACAAAAUUUCUAUAGAAAAUAUUGUGCUCGAAGUUAUAUCAAUCUACUUAAUCAAUUAUUUAAUGAUCAUCUUGGUAAAAAUAUAAUCUGGCCAAAAUCACGACCAAGUCUUAUUACUAUAAAUAAUCGAUUAAAACAAAUGUAUCAAAGAUGGCGUAUUAAAAAAAUAGAACAAAGAUUACCAAUUAAACUACGAUCAGAAUUUGAAUUAAAAUUACUUGCUGGUAAAUAUCUUCAACAACGACCAUCAUUUUUUGAUAAAAGUAUUUAUCAAGAAUGGAAAGGAGAUUAUUUAGUUAUAUUAGAAGAAAAUUCACGUUUAAAUGAAUAUCAAAAAUCCAUAAAUGAAUUACGUACAAAAGAUAAUUUUAAUAAAAUUAUCUUUUCUACAUUUGCUAUUAAGUUAAAUAGUCAUAUUAAAAUGGAUGAACGUGCUAUUAUUCUUACUGAUAAAUAUAUUUAUAAAGUUGAUCAAAAAAAAAAUUUUCAUAUUAAAAAAUCUAAUAUAUCAUUAGAUGAUAUUACUGGUUUGAGUGUCACAUCAGGAAAAGAACAAUUAAUUGUAAUUCAUUUAAUAUCAAAUUCUGAUCUAAUUUUUUAUAUGCAAACAAAAAAUGAUCGUGUAGGAGAAUUUGUUGGUUAUAUGACUAAACUUAAACAAAAAUCAUCAAAUUUUUCUGUCAAUGUACAACGUUAUGUUACGACAAAUAUUACUAAACAUAAAUAUGUUAUUAAUAUUAUUUGGGAUCAUGUGAAUAAAAUUGAGUUUCGUAAAGGUUCAAGUAAUAAUAUUUCAUUAGUAUUACCCGAUGGAAGAUAA